UUUACCCAUUGAUUUUUCUGAUUGGUGAUAGAACGGGUUCGCAGGAAAUGAAACCUAUCAUGAUUAUCAUCAAUCAUCGUUGACUGCUCCAAAAUGAGUGAGGUAAUUUUGAAUCUAAAAGCUGAAUCUAUGAUGUCUGAUGAAGGUAGGUAUUUAGGGCUUCAUACUUCUUACUUGUCCUCAUCUGUGAAUUAGCAUCAACCUAAUCAUUAUAUAUAGUCUUAGGUUUUUGAUAACUCAAUUUUGUAAGAUGAGGUCUUUUAACUGUAAGCACGAGGCAUUAUCUUUGGCCAAUGUGGAUUUUGUUUGCAAUUGGGUUUUUAAUAGGUGUUAGUGUUACACUCCCCAAUGUGUAGGAAUCAUUGCAGGCAAAAGAUAUCACUGGUUGUGGUCUUUGUUGAAUGUACCUAUGAAAUGGGCUAUCAACAUGGUGGAGUUGAUACUGCUCACACAAAGGUCUUUCUAACAUCACUCUCAGCUAUGGUGGCUGAGACCAUAACUUUCCCCAUAGACUUGAUCAAGACCAGGCUCCAACUCCACGGCGAGUCACUUUCCUCGAGUCGUCCCACUAGUGCAUUUCGAGUAGGCAUGGGCAUUGUUAGUGAACAAGGUGCUCUUGGCCUUUACAGGGGCUUGUCUCCAGCAAUUAUCAGACACCUAUUCUACACGCCUAUUCGAAUUGUUGGGUAUGAGCACCUGAGAAGUGUGAUUUUUGUGGAUAAUGCUUCGAUCUCUAUCGUUGGCAAGGCAAUUGUCGGUGGAAUCUCUGGUGUGGUGGCCCAGGUUAUAGCCAGCCCAGCUGAUCUUGUGAAGGUGAGGAUGCAAGCUGAUGGCCAAAGGGUGAGCCAAGGUCUUCAACCUCGGUAUUUGGGGCCAUUUGAUGCUUUGAACAAAAUUGUUCAAGCUGAAGGAUUUCAAGGACUGUGGAAGGGUGUUUUUCCCAAUAUCCAAAGAGCCUUCUUAGUAAACAUGGGAGAAUUAGCUUGUUAUGAUCAUGCUAAACAAUUUGUUAUUAGAAGUAGGAUAGCUGAGGAUAAUAUUUAUGCCCACACAUUAGCUUCCAUCAUGUCGGGUCUAGCGGCAACUUCAUUAAGUUGUCCAGCUGAUGUUGUGAAGACUAGAAUGAUGAACCAGGCAGCCAAAAAGGAAGGGACAGUCUUAUAUAAUAGCUCUUGUGAUUGUUUGGUAAAGACAGUUAAAGUUGAGGGAAUAAGAGCCCUGUGGAAAGGAUUCUUCCCCACAUGGGCAAGGCUUGGCCCCUGGCAAUUUGUGUUCUGGGUUUCCUAUGAGAAGUUCAGGAAAUUUGCAGGGCUAUCUUCUUUCUAAUAUAAUAUUUUGAUUCAUAGUGGCAUUCAUUCAUCCAUAAUAAAUUCACAAGUCACAGCCUACAGGGACUAACACCCAGAUUUUUACAUUUUUUAAACUUUUAGCCUACUGUUUAUUUCUGUUUUUUGGGGAUAAUUUACAUUCCUUUUUUCAUGAGAGAUGAUUAAAUUAUACUACUUAUGUGUUA